UAGAUGCACGAGUUGGAGACUCGACAGCUGAGGAGGCUUGCGAGAGGAGUGUGAGGCUUCUACAGAAAGGUCUGAGUCGUCCUGCGUCUCUGCUCGGGGGCCUGUGAGAGUGCAUGAAGUUCAGAAACGCGACGCUCCUGCCAGGCGCCUGUCUCUCUCCGAGACGACGAAGCAUCUGCGUUGAACCCUAAGCUCACACCGAAGAGAUCCACGCCGCGUUUCAGUCAAGAGAGGCUUCACGCAGUCGCGCAUACAAAGUGAACCGCCCUCUGCGCAAAAGAGUCCUCCGUGGAGCUUUUGAGUUCGUGAGAAAGUCGGACUCGCGCCGCAUCCACGUUCGCCUAAACGCUCCUCGAGAUGCACCGGAAAUCUGCAAAUCGCGCAGAAACGCGGCUCGUCGAGGGAACGGAUGAGGUCUUCUUCUUCGGACUCGCUGCGCGUUCGCUGCGGAGUUCGUCUCGCGCGGCGACCACCCGCGGGUGUACGUACACACUGCGGACACAGCGCGAGAAAGCGCCGGCCCGGCGAAGGAGAACUCCCCGAGGCCGACAAGAGAGCGUUCGAGAUGAGCUUGAAGCAGCAAAAGAUCAAGUCCGCCUCUCGAGCUUGAAAAGAUUUCCUCUGCCGGCGAGCACCCGCGCGCGUCGGAACGCGUCGGAACGCGGCAGCAGCGCGCGCUAGGUGUGUGUCUCGUCGCGUUUCUCACCGGGGUCAUUCGACCGUGGAGAGGAGAGAACAACGGAGUCUUUUUUUCGCGUCGAAACCGGAAGCGGCUUGAGACAGUGAAGAGGCAGCGAGCGAAAAAAGCAAAAAAAGGGAGAAAAGACGCAGUUAUUCUCUCGGAUCGCGUCCACCAGCCAGAGAGGUGCCACGGACCCAAGCGGAGGCAGCGCGAGGGGAGAAGCAAGAGACAAAGGUCACCUUCUGUUUCCUCCUCUCUCGCGAGAGCAAACGUUGAAUGCACCGCCUUUUCGCCUUUGCUGCUGACAUAAGAACGCAACCGUUCGAAAACCGAAAACCAGAGUUGACGGUCCAUGCCGCCUCUCUCUGCCCUCGAACGCUCGACGAAUCUAGCUGGACGCGACGGGAGCGCAGGCGGCCGCGGGAGACACCGCGCAACUGCUGAGGAGACAGCGCGAGAGAGCGGCAGAGAGGUGCAAAAGAGGCGGCAGGUUUUUUUCCGUGAAGGAAACGCGUAUUUCGUGUGUGUGGCUUUUCUCCGGCGUUCCUGCGUUUCGACGAAGCGUUUUCGCGGCCUGAGGACGACGCAGGCCUUUUGGAGAUGAGGGACAGAGACAGCGUCGCGAGCGUCGUGACCGUCAGACCCCAGACGCAGAUUUCUGCUCGGCGGCACAACUCGCAAGUGCUCGCGCAAAAAGACGGCCGCGCGCGAACAGCGAAACGGCGAAGAAUGGUUUUUCGCCCAGCGUCCAGUACGGACUUUACUUCGCGGGAACGCCUGUUGAAAUCUUCUUCUGAGGCACGUUCUCCCUGCGUGGUUCUCCGGCGAAUCACGACGAAAACGCGUCAGUCCUCGCGUCGCCGAUGUUUCUCUCUUCUCUUGGCGGCUGCAAGUCGCUCUCCGCUGUCCUUUUUCUCCUCCUUUUCGUCCUCGAUCCGCGACAAGCGUCUCCCCUCGCGACUUCCGUCGCCAGCGCCGCCGGUUCGUCCGCCUGGCUUCCCGCGGCGCUGCCCCGUUCUUCAGGUGUACGUCCACCUGACCAAAGCCGCCGCUUGGGGAGAUCAGCGCCGAGGGGGAACGCAGACAACCUUCAACAGCUUCCCUCUCAGAAUGGCGUGAGGCGGCGCAGGUCGGUGUCCUGGGCUCGCGGACUUCCAGCUUUAUUCCGCGCCGCCGCAGACGAAGGAACGGAGGGAGGAACGCGGAGCGAUCCGAGAGAAGAUGACGCCUGCUCUCUGCUCCCGUCGUCUCACCGACCGAGCUGGCAACUCAGAGGCGAUGCCGCGGGCGCUUCACUGAACGAGAAGUCGGGGAAAACGCGACGGCGAAGCGGCUCGCAUCCGUGGGUGCGUUCUGUCGCGAAGCAUCGCUUUCCGCGGUGGACGUACACCUCGCUCUCUCACCAUCGAGGAGUGCCAUGCGCUUCCCUUCUUCCUCACAGAUGUGGGUUCUGUCCGUCGUCUUCCUUUCUCAACAGCGCGCGGUUCUGUCCUGUGAUCGGGGAGGACACCGCUGUGCGAGGCGUACUCGCUGGGGGCGACGGUGUGUGGAGCCAUGUUGUCUCGGGCUCUGCAGCGCGGUGCGACGCCGGCAGACCAAGGCAGGAGAAGGCCGGUGUCGCGGGGAGAAAGAGACCCCACACCGCUGUGUUCUUCAUCUCGAACUUCGCUCCGUGCGGUGCCUCCACCUCGUCCCGUGACUGCUUCGCGAACUCUGCCGAGGACAGACGCGGAGCGCCAGUCGGACCUCCUCUCUCUCCUUCUCUUCGUUCUCUGAGUCGCUCCUCUCUUUGUUCUCUGAGUCGCUCCUCUCUUCGCUCCUCUGCUCGUGAUCCCUUCUCCCCGGCGACGCCUCUCGCCUCUUCUGGUUCUCUCCCGCCGCGCAUGCGUGAGCUCCUUUCUGAGUUGCGACGGCAAAAGGACCUGCAUGCAGUUUUCGAGAAAUUGGUGUCGUUCGCUUCUUCGGUACCUCUCUAUCCAGCGCGCGACGCCUCUGCGGUUUCAUCCCGCGCCUCCACUGCGUCUCCGCCGUCCCCGCCGCGUCCUGUCCCCUCCGCCUCUCUCUCUCCUGCGCCACCGCCGAAGGCAACGGAGACAAGCGGACGCGCCGACGACCGGCUCUUGCCGCCCGCUCAGCUUCUGCAGCAGCCGCGCCGCGAGGCGAGCGAGGAGGCAGACGAGGAAGGAGACAGUCCAGAAGCCUGGGAGAGAGUCGCAGGCUGUGCUGCUCUCGUACGCAUCCGCGUCUGUCUCCGUCGCGUGCUGUCUCCCAAGCGCGAAGGGGAGUCCCGAGCAUGCUCCGUUUUUCGAGAAGCAGAUGUCCGUGAAGAACCUCAGCAAGGCGCUCUCGCCUCGCUGUCUGUGGCCGCCUCCUCUUCUUCCGGGGCCUCUUGUCAUGAUGUCGAGGGCGCGAAGAAAGAACGAAGGGAACUGAGGAGAGAAGACCGAGACGGAGAAGACGAAAGGAGACGGUGGGAGCUCCGCGUCGACCUCAGAGGAUGGUCCGACUCGCUGGUCGUUCGAGCCUGGCUGGCGAUCCUCGUGGUUGGAUUGAACAACGCCGCCCCUGACACGGUCCUCGCUCUGAGCACUGACGACAUUCUGCGAGAGGCGGGGCUGAUGCCGUCCUCGACGCCUUCCGGUGGCAAAGGUCAUAAAGACACCGUGAAGGAGACACAGGGAGAGCCUGAGAAACAGACAGAGGAAGGAGAAGACGGGCACAGAGAAGCAGAAGAAGAAGCAGAAGAAGCAGAAGAAGAAGCAGAAGAAGAAGAAGAAGAAGAAGAAGAAAAAGAAAGAAAAGGAUCAAAAAGAGAGAGCGAAGAGGAAAGACUACAGGAAGGAGAAGAGCGACUGAGGGAAGAGGAAACAAGGAAAUGUCGUGAAGAAGAGAAACGGCGACUUGUUGUUCCUCAGGGUCUCGAGUUCAUGCUGAGGUCGAUUCAGCGGCAAGUCCGCGAGCAACUCUCUCGUCUCGCGGAAGAAGAGAAAAACGGAGGUGCGCCUGAUGGAAAGGUGCGGAAGUCGAAGACAGACAGAGACGCUUCCCGUGACUUAACUGGGGAGACAAGAACAAGAACAGACGAGAACGGAGUGCAACGCAGUGUCUUCCACCGGUGCAGGAGUGAUGCAGAGACAGAAGCAGAUUCUCACCACGUAUCUUCUUCUCUCUCUUCGUCGUUGCCUCCUUCGCAACCUCAUCUGUCUUCUCCUUCCUCUUCCUCUUUGUCUUCCUCAUCUUCGCCUUCUUCUUCUUCUUCAUCUUCAUCUUCUGCUGCGCCCGACCUCUUUGCUUCGACGACAGAGACGUGUGAAGAGAAGCGAGAGCUGAGACGAAGCGCCGCGAGUUCUCCCCCUCAGGUGGCAGUCCUUCUGAGCGGAGGCGUGGACUCAUCGGUGUCUCUGUGUCUCCUCCAGCAGCGGGGCUUCGCGCCGCAGGCCUUCUUCAUCAAAGUCUGGCUGCCGGAGCUCCUUCUGGUGUCUAGACACCUCAACCGGCUCCUCGACUCCGGACUCGCGCCAGCUGCGGCAGGCGGUUGCGGGUGGGAGAGAGACUUGCUGUUUGCCGACCAAGUCUGUCGACAGGCGCGCGUCCCUCUCGAGGUUUUGCCUCUGCAAGAAGCGUACUGGGAAGGCGUCGUGCAGCAGAUGCUCGACGAGGCCCGACAAGGCCUGACGCCCAAUCCCGACUGGUGGUGCAACCAACGUGUGAAGUUCGGCGCGUUCCUCGACCUGCUGGACGGACGAGAAACGCGCUUCUCUGCGAGGCGAAUCGCGGGAGAAAGCGAGGGGGAAAACGAGAAAGAAGAAGCAGACAUGCCUUUCCUCCGGAACUCUUCGCGCUGGACCGGCGCAGUCGCGUCGGGGCACUACGCCCGAGUCGUCCCCGCCGCCGAGACGAGUCGGAGAUCUGAAGAAGGAGAAGACACAGAAGACAGGGACGAGGAUGGAGAAGAGGAUCGAGGAGACAAAGAGCGUGGAAGCGAGGAGGAGAGAAGAACAAGACUGUUUAGAGGAAAGGAUCGCCGGAAGGACCAGUCGUAUUUUUUGAGUGGCUUGUCGCAGAGACAGUUGAGACGCUUGGUGACUCCAGUGGGAGACAUGGAGAAGGUCGAGGUCCGCCGCCUCGCUGCGGCGCUGGAUCUCCCGACGGCAAGACGGCAAGACAGUCAAGGACUCUGCUUUCUUGGCAACCUUUCGCUGUCCUUUUUCUUUCGUCACUUCCUCGGCUCUUCGACGGGACCUGUGCUCCACUUCCCCUCUUGCCUCGCUCUCGGCUCGCAUGACGGCCUCUGGAACUUCACCGUCGGCCAGCGGAAGGGUGUCACACCCUGCAUAGACGUCGCCCGCGUCCGCCGUCUGUCUUCGUUGCCGGACUCCUCUCUGACUCCACAUGCAGCCUCAGUCGACAGCGAAGGAAGCGAAGAACAGACCGCACGGGCGGGAGACAGCCGGCGCCGGCAGGCCAGAGCGCCUCCAGGGAAGCCGACAAAGGCCUCGGCGACAGGGCAGGGGCGUCAGGCCGCGGAUGACGAGGAAAGGAGACUGCUAGAGGCCAAAUGUCACCGAGAUGGGGAUGACUCUUGCCUGCGAAGCGCGAACCACACAGUUCGGGGCAGACUUGAGUGUACAGACAACGCAGACCGUCCAGACGGCCGCGUUCCUGUUUUGAGCGAGGGAAAUGAAGCGCCUUCUUCUUCGUCGUGCUCCAGCUCUGCUGAGGCAGACGAAGGCCAGGAAGAAGGCGGAGACAGGCAGAGUCGUCUGUCAAGUUCCUCGUUUGCUGCCUGUCUCUCUGGAAGUCCACAAAACCUCUUCGAGCCGGCGAAUCCCUUUUCACGGACUGGCCUCGGCGCAGCGAGCCUCGCAGGGCGAUGGGUUGUGGCCGCGAAGCAUCCGCCGUCGAACGCGCUCUUCGUCGUGAGCGAAAAAGAAAUGAAGGCUGCCGCGGCGGUCGCCGAGAGCGUCGGCUACUCUCUCGACGUCCUCGCUGCGGGACCAGGUGUACGUACACUCGGGGACUCGCAGACGUACCUCCUCGCCUUGCUUCUCACUCUGCAGCAGAAAUUCUUGCGCGUGGACAAUAUCCAGUGGAUUUCGCAUCCGCCUUGUGCAGCGUGUAACGCGGAGGAACAGCCUGUGAGUCGCGAUCCGUCGUUUCUCGGUACUCUUCUCGGCAGCCGAGACCCGCGAGCGAGGCUGAGAGGCGACGAGAAGAGUCUCGAGACGGCGGACGAGUUCGCAUUUCUCCGAUGGGCGCUAGAGGGGUCUCGCGACAAGAGGCCUCGGCUGUACGACGUACAGGUCCGCCACGCUGCGGGGACCGCUUGUGCAGCGAUCCAUCGCCGCGUUCGUCUUUGUCUCUUUCCACCCGAACGAAGGUCGCCGAGUUUCCUCUCGCCUUCGGCCGUCUCUGAAGAAAGCGGAGGCCGCAGAAAAGAAAGCAGGGCGCCGUUUGGGCCUUCCCGCGUCGAAACCAGCGCCGGUUCGUCGGGUGCGUGGACAGCUUGGAUCGAACUAGCUGAGCCGGAUGAAGGCCUCGCUCCUGGGCAAAUCGCUGCCAUUUACGAAGGCGAAGAAUGUCUCGGCGCCGGCCGGAUCAGCGCCAGACAAGGGCAAAUGGCCGUUGAGGCUGCUCUGCGGUCUGCGGGUCUGAACUGAAGAGCGAGGGACUCGGCGUCUUCUCGUGACAAGGAGGAAAAGUCGAGCGGUCGGAGCUCUUCCGGGUGUACAGACACAAGCUCUGCGACCCGAACUCUUCAACAGAAGUAGAAACGAAUCAACAACUCUCCUGCAGACAGACGUUUCUACAGCGAUUCAGAGACAUGCAUUCGUGUGUAUAGGCACGCAGGCAUGCAUAUAUAUAUAUAUAUACUUAUAUAUAUAUACACUUAUAGAUAUAUAUAUAUAUAUGAGUGUACGUUUGUGCAGGUAUAUAUAUUUGCGUGAAAAGAAUUUCAGUAAAUAGAAUAUGGGGGUUAGGGACAUCGAGUUUGGCACAAACGUUUUUACGGCUCGUGUUGGGCGUUCUCCAGUGUGGAUGAAGUUGUCAACGGCCUACUCUUGUCGCUCUUUGUCGAAAUAAGACUGGUUUUUUACCUCGCCUAAAAAUUUGAC